AUGGAGGCUUCAACCCUCAAGCUGUGUAAAGUAACGCACAGAGGGCAGGCAAAGUCUUGCCAAGACGUGCCCUUGGAUAGUUCGGCCGAGCUGGUACGGGUCGAGGGUCAGCACAGGAGGCCCAGGAAGGACGGACGCUUCAUGUUCCGUGUUUCGACAGGAACCCCUAGAGGCCUGAAGAACAAAGUGGAUGCUGCUAUCUCUCGCGUGCUCUCGAGGCAGCUAGCGUGA